AUGGGAGGAAUUCCAGCUUCUGUUUUGGGGUUUGUACUGUUGUAUAGAUCAAAAGGUGUGAAGAAAACUAAUGAAUCAUGGGAAAAUAUCGGAGAUGAAGUUGUCCAGAUCUCAGAACAAGUACUAUGCCAGUCGGAGAAUGCAACGAAUGCUGAUAUUAUUAUAGUUGAAGCAGGUGUUGCUGGGUCUGCUCUUGCUUACACUCUUGGUAAGGAUGGACGGAGAGUGCAUGUAAUUGAAAGAGACCUCACUCUGCCUGACAGAAUUGCAAGAGAACUUCUGCAACCUGGGGGUUACCUAAAAUUAAUUGAGUGGGGCCUUGAAGACUGUGUAGAAGAAAUUGAUGCUGAACAGGUACUUGGAUAUGCUCUUUACAAAAAUGGGAGAAGUACUAAACUAUCAUAUCCCUUGCAAAACUUUGAUCAAGAUGUGGCUGGAAGAAGAUUUCGCAACGGACGUUUCAUUCAAAGAAUGCGUGAAAGAGCUGCUUCUUUACCUAAUGUAAGAUUGGAGGAAGGGAAUGUAACAUCCCUACUUGAAGUAGAGGAGACAAUCAAGGGUGUGCAGCACAAAACUAAAAUUGGUCAAGAACUUACUACUUACGAUACUCCACUCACAAUAGUUGAUAUCCCCUCUUGUUUUGUGGCAUUGAUCUUAGAGAAUUGUGAACUUCCAUACCCAAAUCACGGACAUGUUAUUCUGGUAAACCCUUCACCAAUCUUGUUCUAUCGUAUUAGUGGCUCUAAAUUUCGAUGCUUGGUUGACAUACUUGGCCAAAAACUACCUUCCAUUUCAAAUGGUGAAAUGGCCAACUAUUUGAAAACUGUGGUGGCUCCCCAGGAUGAUCAAGAGCUUUCAUAUGUGUUUCAGAUUCCCCAAGAGCUACGUGAUGCAUUUGAUUUUGCAAUUAACAAAGGAAACAUAAGAACAAUGCCUAAUAGAAGCAUGCCUGCUGCUCCUUAUCCCACUCCUGGUGCUCUUCUGUUAGGGUACAUAUGA